AUGAGUGUGGGUGCGAGUGCGGGUGAGGGAGCGAAGAAGCUGGGUGAGAAGUUGAUGGCGGAAGUCGAGGUUGAGGACUUGAGCUCGAUCUUCUUCGGCAUCCCAGAGAUAGACAUCCUCUUUCCCAGCUCAACAUCACCCAUCCUCGAACUCGUCUCCCCACCACCAACACACCACCCAUCCGGCGCUGGCAAGACUUCACUACUCUACCUAAUCAUCGCCCACGCCAUCCUUCCCACCACAUUCUCCUCAACUCCACUAUCAGGCCAAAAUGCCGCCGUCAUCCUCUUCGAUCCACUCCACCACUUCAGCGUCCCGCGGCUCGCGAAAGUAAUCUUCACCAUAAUAUCCACCACCCUCCACUCAGCUGCGAAAGAAAUCGAGCCGCUCAAACCCGCCAUCAAAACCCUCAUCGCAACAAGCCUCCUGCACGUGCACAUCUUCCGCCCGCAAUCAUGGUCCGCAACACUAUCAACAUUGAAAAGCAUGCCGGAUUAUUUAUUCGACGAAGAAAGACACAAGAGCAAGCAUCGCCGCAUACACUCGAUCGUACUAGAAGACGUCGAUGCCUUUUGCUUCGACGCUCUUGACAUCUGCUUUGAUGCAGCUGCACACACAAUUCUCUUGUGGUGUCAUCCUUACCUCGCACUCCACCACGCCGUCAUCUUUUCGGCCAGCGAUUCCGACGUCGUGGCCGAAGGAGGUCAGUACAACGCGCUUGGCGGUUAG